AUCGUCUCUAUCAUGAGUAUCACUGUGAGCUCAACUCAAACUCACUCACUCAGCAUGAAGGAUCUCAGUCACAGAGGGGCUCUUGUAGCCUGCUGCCUGCUGUUUCUGCUGAUUGUCCAACAGGUGACCUGCAGUCCCGUGCCUCAGCCGGACACACCCUCAACCUCUGUGCAGAAAGUUCAAAGGUCACUGAAGAGAACAGCUCGAAUGACUCCAUUAUGGAGGACUGUGGGUACUAAACCUCAUGGUGCCUACUGCCAGAACAACUAUGAGUGCUCCACAGGAAUAUGCAGGAAAGGCCACUGUUCCUACAGCCAACCGGUUAAUUCCUAAAAUGAGGUUUCUACACCAUCGUGCACGACAAGAGCUUGAUUCAGUGAGCGGCAGCAGGCAAAUGAAUGCGCAACGCAGUUAAUCAUCAGUUAGAAAUAUAGUCAAGGCUAUAGUGCUAAGCCACAAAGGAGGCAAGAGGUAAUGUUCUGAAGAUUGUGCUUAUCAAAGGUACAUAAAAUGUGGACUCUUUUCAAAGAAAAAUCAACAUUAACCUCAUAACCUACGUGCAAUUAAUGGGAAACAUUAUUGGUGGGCUUGGCAUGACAGUUUGAGUUUCAGGUUGUUCCCGAAAGGUGGUACAGUGUAUGAAGAGUUCAGAUGAGAAACUUCUAAAGUGCUAUCUGAAACUGUCUUCUAAAAUGAGCAUUUUUUUUCUCAGGCUCCUCUGUGUAGGCCUAGUAAUUUCACUUUUAUGACAAUAAAUAGGUUCUUAUAUAAAAAUGCGACACCAAAAGCUCCAAAAGUAUCGAAUUUAUUCACUUAAAAAAGGCUACCUCAGCGAGUAACGUUUCGAGCACACCGGCUUUUCAUUAGACUGUGCUCAAAAUGUUGCAUGCUGUGAUAUAUAUACUGUACACUUGUGAAUCCCUGUGGUGUAUAUGAAUGUGAAACGUUUGUAACCUUUGGUGUUGUGUGUAUAUAUAUAUAUUUGUCAUUUUUCUUGGCUGUGCACCCAGUUUAGAUUGAUGUGCAUGGUUUUAAAACAUAUACAGUUGAAGUCAGGAUUAUUAGCGCCCUUUUGAAUUCUUUUUUCUUUUUUUUUAAUAUUUCCCAAAUUAUGUUUUACAGAGCAAGGAAUUUUUUUUACAGUAUUUCCUAUAAUAUUUUUUCAUCUGGAGAAAGUCUUAUUUGUUUUAUUUCAACUAGAAUAAAAGCAGUUUUUAAUUUUUUAAAACCAUUUUAAGGUCAAAAUUAUUAGCCCCUUUAAGCUACAUAUUUUUUUUCGAUAGUCUACAGAACAAACCAUCAUUAUACAAUGACUUGCCUUAUCACCCUAACCUGCUUAGUUAACCUAAUUAACCUAGUUAAGCCUUUAAAAGUCACUUUAAGCUGUAUAGAAGUGUCCUAAAGUAUAUCUAGUCAAAUAUUAUUUACUGUCAUCAUGGCAAAGAUAAAGUAAUUCAGUUAUUAGAAAUGAGUUAUUAAAACUAUUAAGUUUUUGAAAUGUGCAGAAAAAAUCUCCGUUAAACAGAGGGGAAAAACAGGGGGCAAAAAUAAACAGGGGGGCUAAUAAUUCUGAUUUCAACUGUAUUGAUAAAAUAAAAUAAAUAGGUUCUUUCCAUUGCAUUUAAAGUCUGUGUCAAAUACAAUGUUUAUUUUGCUAUCUUAUAUUGUUAUUUUUAAACUGAAAUAUUAAUUCAUGCAAAUUAAUCCAAUUUAAAAAAUUGUUUUGGUAAUCUUCAAUGAAAGUCUGACCAUUCCACGUUUGGAGUUGCGGACCUUCGGUUGACAGCAACCUGAGGGCUUCCAUAGCAACUGCAUAUGAAUGCCCUCUCUCACCAUUAGCUUGCUAAAAGAGAAUGAUGUGCACAAGAAAGCCACACCCCUACUCAAUAUUCCGUUUUAGCUGGAAGUACAUUAACUUGCUGAGAUAAAAGUCUCAGAGACUUCUGGUUCACGCAAGGAGAAAUAACUGAACUUAAACAAAGUAGCCUGAGAAAAAUGCUAAUUUCAUUCAUUCAUUUUCUUUUUGGCACUUUAUUAAUCAAGGGCAGCCACAGCGGAAUGAACCACCAACUUAUACGUUUUACAUAUACGUUUUACACAGCGGAUGCCCUUCCAGCCACAAACCAGUACUGGGAAUCACCCAUACACUCUCACAUUCACACAUACACUACAGACAAUUCAGUUCAGGGGUCGCCAAUCUCGGUCAGUUGCCAGUGUCCCUGCUGAGUUUAGCUCCAACUUGCCUCAACACUCCUGCCUGGGUGUUUCAAGUAUACCUAGUAAGACCUUGAUUAGCUUGUUCAGGUGGGUUUGAUUAGGAUUGGAGCUAUAAUCUGCAGGACACCGGCCCUCCAGGAACAAGUUUGGUGACUCCUGAUUUAGUUCAUCCAAUUCAACAAUAACGCAUGUGUUUGGACUGGGGGAGAAACCGGAGCACCCGGAGGAAACCAACGCUAACAUGGGGAGAACAUGCAAACUCCACACAGAAAUGCCAACUGACCCAGCUGGAACUCGAACCAGCGACCUUCUUGCUGUGAGGCGACAAUACUAACCAAUGAGCCAACGUGUCACCCAAAAUGCUAGUUGUAGAAAAAAAUUCAGAUGGAGCUUAGAAGCUUUUGAUUCCGAACCCUUCUUAUGUGAUUUUGGGCCAGUUUCCCUCAACCAGAUUAAGUCCAGUCUGUGUCCUGAAUGGAGUAAAGUACGGCUCUCGCCACCCACUGCUCAUCUCAGGACUAAGCUUAGUCCAAACAUGGAAACUGGAAUGUAGUAUUAGAUCAUGUUACUUUGAAGCCAUAAAUGCAAGUGGAAGCAAGUGGAAGCUUUGGAGUGCUUUAGCUCAACCCAAAUGUCGUUGAACCAAAGAGAGAAAGGGGACAGAGAAAGUGCAAAGGUUGCCAUUAUUGAUUGCGCCUAGAUAUUAUUAAUCAUUUGCCUCAACCCUUUGGCUGUGUGCUCACGUUUGUAGUGUUUAAUUUAAGACUCAUUUACCUGUCACUAUUUAUGUUGUUAUACACCAAUGUCUACACCUAUGGCUCAAGAUCGUUUCAAUACUGGAUUACUUAUUUAUUGUAUCUCUGUUUUUGUAUGACUCAGCAGUUUAUCUAAAGUCUUUUAUAUGUAUCUGACUCUGUAUCAGUCACUAUAUGAUUUAUAUAUUUACAGUACUGUAACUAUAAAUGUGAUCAUAAACCAUGAACACCAGCAGUCAUAAGUGUUAACUUCUGGAAAUUUACAUUUAUACGUCAUCUGAAAGCUAGAUAAGCUUUACAUUGAGGUAUAAACAUUGGGAAUCGGAAAAUACUGACAAAAUGGCCUUUAAAGUUGUCCAAAUUAUGUCAAAUUAGAUUGAGUUUUGAUAGAUUUACAGUAAAACAUUCUUUGAACAUGAUCUUUACUUAAUAUUCUAAGCAUGUAUAGCAUAAAAGAAAGAUUGGUAUUUUUUAAUUGAAUAUAUUUUUGGCUAUUCCCACAUAUAUACUGCUGCAACAUACGACUGGUUUGUGGUCACAAAUGUGCAUGUCUCAUAUGAGUGAACAUUUGGGUUCUGAAAUAAAAAUUUGUACUGAGAAAA